AUGGGGUCUGAUCCGCAGUACAUCAAGUUCCCUAACCUCUCCCUCGCCCAACAUGUCUUCAACCUCUCCAACCCGGCGUGCGCGUCAUCCGUCCAGCAGACAUCAUUGAAGAAGCUCCAAGAUGUUAUCUCCGAGCACAAGAUGGCGCCUCUCUACCGGCACCUGGCCCACCCUACCGAGGGUAUCCUGAACAACGCCGGCGAAGGCGUCACACAGCACCCGCAAAACAGCGGAACUUCAACGAAGCCUCUCAUCACCUCCAACAUCCUCGCCUCUCGCAAAACACCGCAAAAGUUUGAUUUCCCAUGGGAUGAGAAGCUUUACCAGUCUCUAGUCGAAGAUAACAAGAAGGAGCUGGAGACCUUCCAGAAAGAGGAGGAUGAGGCAGAGGAGGCUGCUGGUGAGACCGAGGUACAAGCUGCGCGCGGGAAGCGCGCCGAGUUCUGGGCUCGUGUGGGAGACAAGGACAAAGCCAUUGAAUCGCACGAAGCUCUCCUGGAAAAGACCGGUUUCCUGGGAACCAAGAUUGAUCUGGUCAUGGCGAUGCUUCGAAUCGGUCUUUUCUUCGGCGACCUUUUGUUUGUGAAGAAGACUAUCGAACGGGCAGAGACUUUGGUCGAGAGCGGUGGAGACUGGGACCGCAGAAACCGUCUCAAGGCAUACAAGGGACUGCACCUCCUCACCAUCCGCGCUUACAGCCUCGCUGCUCCUCUCCUCCUUGACAGUCUGUCUACAUUCACAAGCUACGAACUGUGCAGUUACUCUUCGUUGGUGAUCUACUCGGUUCUUGCGGGAUCAUUGUCCCUGAAGCGUGUGGACUUCAAGGCUAAGGUGGUUGAUGCACCAGAGAUCAAGGCCAUUCUUGGAUCUGGAGAAGAACAACUGGCUGCCCUGAGUGGAGAGAUCUCGGCUGGCGCCGGUGCUCGGGACGAGGAGAUGAAGGAUGCGACAGCGUCUCAGUCCACCCCCGCUGGUGGUGCUACUACCGCUGUUAACUUGACUUCGUUCUCCACCGGAUCUAGUGCGCCAGUAGAUGCCGAGGUCCCAGUCGACUUCUCACCACUGGCAAACUUGGUUAACAGUCUUUACAAUGGCAAUUACCGAUCAUUCUUUGUGGCACUUGCCGCUGUUGAAGACCAAUUCCUCACACAAGACCGAUACCUUUACGAACACCGGGCAUGGUUUGUUCGCGAGAUGCGCCUUCGCGCUUAUCAGCAACUUCUGCAGAGUUACCGCGUUGUUGGACUCACUGGCAUGGCCAAUGACUUCGGUGUGACGGUAGACUACUUGGACCGUGACCUUGCCAAAUUCAUUUCCAACAACCGUAUUGCCUGCACUAUCGACCGCGUCAACGGUAUCAUUGAGACGAAUCGUCCCGAUGACAAGAACAAGCAGUAUGCCGAUGUGGUUAAGCACGGUGAUUCUCUGAUCACCAAGAUCCAGAAGUAUGGACAAGCUGUGCGUCUUCGUGGAAGUGAGCGCAGUUAG